AGAAAAGAAAGUCAAGACGAUUGAACGGUCAGAUAAAUAAAUCCAGACAAUGAUGGAAAUGAUGUUUUGGAAUGAGGCCUAGGCUUCUGCAGGGUGCUCCUGAUCGAUGACGGGCGGCUCAGUCGCAGCAGAGACACGCAGCAGGCAGCAUCAUGGCCCCGCUCGGACUAAAAGCCAUCGUUGGAGAAAAGAUUAUGAACAAUGUCAUCAAGAAGGCCCGAGAGAAGGGGAAAUGGAAAGUUUUGGUCGUUGACAAGCUGAGUAUGAGGAUGAUCUCGUCCUGCUGCAAGAUGACAGACAUCAUGUCGGAGGGAAUCACCAUUGUAGAAGAUAUAACCAAGCGACGUGAACCUCUGCCAAGCAUGGAGGCCAUUUACCUCAUCACACCCACGGAUGAGUCGGUCGAAGGUCUGAUUGACGACUUCAGGGACCCUCGGAAUCCCAGAUACAGAGGAGCACACGUCUUCUUCACUGACACGAUCCCUGACUCUUUGUUCGGCCUCUUGACCAAAUCCCGUGCCGCCAAAUCCAUGAAGGCCUUAACAGAGAUCCACCUCGCCUUUCUGCCCUAUGAAUCUCAAGUCUUCUCUCUCGAUAAAGUGGAUUCGUUCCAGGACUUCUACAGCCCCUUCAAGGCGGACGUGAAGAACAACAUGCUGGAGUCUUGUGCGGAGCAGAUCGCGACCCUCUGUGCCACCCUCAAAGAGUACCCUGGAGUCCGCUACAGAGCGGAGUACAAGGACUGCGCCACCCUCGCCCAGAUGCUGCAGGAGAAGCUGGACGGCUACAAAGCCGACGACCCCACCAUGGGAGAAGGUCCAGACAAGUGUCGGUCUCAGCUGCUGAUCCUGGACCGAGGAUUUGACCCGGUGUCCCCGCUCCUCCAUGAGCUGACUCUGCAGGCCAUGGCCUACGACCUGCUGGGCAUUGAGAACGACGUCUACAGCUUUGAAACCAGUGGGAUGGGAGAGACGAGGACGAAGGAGGUGCUGCUGGACGAAGAUGACGACCUCUGGCUGACCUUGAGACACAAACACAUCGCCGAAGUGUCAACCGCUGUGACUCGCUCGCUGAAGGAGUUCUCUGCCAGUAAAAAGAUGAACACUGGAGAGAAGACCACCAUGAAGGAGCUUUCCCAGAUGCUGAAGAAGAUGCCUCAAUACCAGAAGGAGCUCAGCAAGUACUCCACUCAUCUGCACCUGGCUGAGGACUGCAUGAACCGUUACCAGGGGACUGUGGACAAGCUCUGUCGUGUUGAACAGGACCUGGCCAUGGGCACCGACGCUGACGGAGAGAAGAUCAAGGACCCUAUGAGGCUCAUUGUCCCGAUUCUCCUGGACACCAACGUCGGCAUCACUGACAAGAUCCGCAUCAUUCUGCUGUACAUCUUCAUGAAGAACGGUGUGACUGAAGAGAACCUGUGUAAGCUCCUUCAACAUGCCAACAUCCCGCCGGAGGACAGUGACAUCAUCUCAAACAUGGCUCACAUGGGAGUUCCCAUCAUCUCCGAGGGAACGGUGAAAAAAGCCAAGAAGCCCGACCGUAAAGAGCGGAUCAGCGAGCAGACCUACCAGCUCUCCCGGUGGACUCCUCUGGUCAAAGACCUGAUCGAGGAUGCUAUUGAGGACAAGCUGGACCCCAAACAAUACCCCUACAUCUCUCAGAGACAAGCCUCGGCAAAGGCCAGCGCUCCGUCCAGCGCUCGUUACGGGAACUGGCACAAAAACCGAGGCCCCACAGAAAUGAAGACGGGGCCCAGGAUCAUCGUCUUCAUCAUCGGAGGAAUGACCCACAGUGAGAUGCGCUGCGUCUACGAGGUCACUCAAACCAACGGCAAAUGGGAGGCCGUCAUCGGUUCGACACACAUUGUGACGCCACCCAAGUAUUUAAAGGAGCUGCAGCACCCGGACUUCCUGGACCCCAACGCUCCCCCGGAGGUUACAUCCACGGAGUAAAAGAAGCUGUUUUUUCCUGCCACAUACUUGUGUUUAUCUCAUGUCAAUGUUUGAAUUAGCGUAGCACUGGACGUCUGCCUCGGUCUUCACUCUUUCAGCACGUUUUGCAGCAGCUCUCUUCUCGACCCCUGGGACCUGAUGAACUAGACUAAACGUAGACUGUAGCGCAGCAUUCAGUUCAUGUGUUCACUGUCAAUAGUGGUUUUGUACAUGGUGUUUCUCAUAGAUGUAGCCCAGAUUACGACCUGAAAAGUCUCUGCUUUUGUUGUCAUCACAGAGCCGAAACGCAUGGUGUGAUGAUGGGAGCGAAUGGACGGAUGUUAUUUUAGCCCUCAGUCAAAAGCAAAACAAAUAAAAUGAAUCUUAUUGUCCUUGA